AUUGGACUCGAUCACAUUUUUUUUCAAUCGCUGCAGUCAUAGCCUAUUCCGCUUCUCGCCGUCUUCCUUCCUUCUUCGAUCAAAGGUAAAGGGUAAAGCAGUCCGGGAUCUCUUCGUAAGAAAUGGCCCCUAAAACCAUUAAAAAGGCUAUAUCCGACGCGUUGGAGGACCUGUCACCGGAGAACCUCGAAAAGUUCCGCGUCCAUCUUAUUGACCGCAGAGACGAACCACGGGUCAGACGCAACAGGGUGGCGGGUAAAAACUUUUUAGAAAUCGCUGACGUCCUGGUUACACAUUUCACCGAGGCUAAAGCUCCUGCAGUGGCUGUGGAGAUAUUGAACGAUAUUGGGUGCGCCGCGGAUGCCUCCAGUCUAGAGGAAGAGACGGUUGGACAGUCCUCAAAACUUGGUUCCAGUGGCACUGCAACACCCUCACCUGGACCAACUGGAGUGAAUACCACGGCCGACGGCAAGCACUUUGUGGAUAAACACAGAAUCAAGCUGAUCGAGAGAGUGAGCAACAUUGCAGCCAUUUUGGAUGAGCUCCUCGAGGAGGAUGUCAUCCAAGAAGAGACGUAUGAUAAAAUCAGGGUUCUGCCUACCUGUCAGGAUAAGAUGAGGGAGCUCUACUCUGGUCCCCUGAAAGCUGGUGGAAUAAAGGGCAAAGAUAAAUUCUACACCAUCCUUGAGAAAAAGGAGCGGUUUCUAGUUGAUGAGCUCAAGGAAAUGAAGUGAUUGUUAUAAUGAAAUCCAUGUUUAGACCAAACAUACCGUCUACCUGAAGACAUGUUUUAUACAAUAACAAUGGGGAAUUAAUAAUGUUAAUGCUAUCUCUGUGGGGGCUUUUGAAAAAGAUUUUUCCACAUAUGUUUAAUCAGAGCUUUUGCCCUUAAUUUUAAUCUUAAGUUAGUAAGAAAUCUUUUUUAAUGACAUGAGAUCUCAUGUAAAAUUUAACAUUUGCAGAAUCAGAUUCUGCAAAUAUUU